UUGUAUGGCAUAUGGGGUGAUCAGAAUACUGGUAUGGGGUAUGGCAGUGAUAAGGAUGCUGAUAUUGGGUAUGGCAGUGAUAAGGAUACUGAUAUGGGGUAUGGCAGUGAUAAGGAUGCUGGUAUGGGGUAUGGGGUGAUCAGAAUGCGAGUAUGGGGUAUGGCGAGGAUCAGGACCCUGAUGUGGGGUAUGACAGUGAUCAGGAUGCUGGUAUGGGGUAUGGUAGUGAUCAGAGCACUUGUAUGGUGUAUGACAGUGUUUAGGUAUCUGGAAUGGCAUAUGAUGAUGAUCAUUGCAGUUGUAUGGUGUAUGGCAGUGAUCAAGGUGCUUGGUAUGGCAUAUGGUGGUGAUCAUGGCAUUAGUAUAGUGUAUGGCAGUGAUCAGGAUGCUGGUAUGGCAGUGAUCAGGACAUUGGUAUGGUAAAUGGCACUGAUAGGUGGCACUGAUGGGUGACAUUGAAAGGCAGCUCAGAUGGGCACUGAUAUGGGGCAUUGAUGUGCACUGGUAUGCACUGAUAUGUGGCAUUGAUAUG